AAGUAUACCAGAUAAACAACAAUAAAAUUAGUUUACUAAAUAAAUAUUUUAAAAUAUACAUAUUUACUUGUAAAAAAUAACAAUAUGGUAAAAAUUUCAAAAGUAGUAGUUUGUGGAAUGAAAGGAGUAGGAAAAACUACGAUUUUAGAACAAGCCAUAUAUGGCCAUGUUAAUGAAAAAUUAGAUUUACAUCCUACGAUUGAAGAUAUAUAUGUUGCUAACAUCGAAUCUGAUAAGGGCACAAAAGAAAAAUUGAGACUCUACGAUACCGCUGGAAUAGAACAUUCACAAAUUUCUACAGCAAAUGGAAUGACGAAUCAACAAUUGCCUAGGCAUUAUUUACUUAUCGCUGAUGGAUACAUUUUGGUGUAUGAUACUGUCAAAAGCACAUCCUUCGAUGUGCUCGUUUCUAUUAAGAAGGAUAUAGAUAAAAAUAAAGAUAAAAAAGAAGUCACCUUAAUAGUGAUAGGCAAUACAUUUAAAGAGGACGAAAACUCUGAUUCUAUUGCGUCAAAAGUCAAUCAUUGGUGUGGUAGAGAAAAAAUUAAACAUUUUACAGUUAACGCUUUGAAAAGACAGACUUUAUUCGAGCCUUUCAUCUAUAUUACUAGCAAGUUGACUCCACCUCCUAACAAAAGUAGUUUCACACCAUUGUCAAUGGGUAGAAAGGUUAUAAAAGAUUCGUAAUUUGCAAAGCAAUUUUACAUUUUUAAGUUAGAUCUGAUAGUUUUAUUUGUAUAUGUUUAUAGUUAAGUGAGUGGCCGGGGUUUGUGAAAAUAGGAAUCUCUUGUUUGGAAAUUAAUUGUAACUCAUGUUUCAGUAUUAAGUAUUCUAUAUUGUUUAUGUUUACAUUCACC